AUGGCCUCCUCCCAGCCGUCUUCCAUAUUAGGAAAAGACACUGAGUCCGACGGCGUCAACAGCCAUAUUAAGACAGAGGUAGCAGACGAAGAACCACCAAAGCCCACAGUACCCCCUCUACCACCCAAUGGAGGCACAAAAGCAUGGCUCCAAGUCCUCGGGGCCUUUUUCCUGAACUUCAACACUUGGGGACUCUUGAACACUUUCGGCACAUUCCAGUCUGAAUAUAGCACCGGCUUGCUAAGGGACUCGUCGCAGUCUUCGAUUGCUUGGAUUGGAUCGCUGCAGGCGUUUCUGAUGCUGGUGAUUGGAGUUCUAUGUGGACGUGCUCUCGAUGCUGGGUAUUUCCACGUCGAUAUCACCUUGGGUGUAUUUUUGGAGGUGUUCGGCAUGAUGAUGACUUCGAUUUGCAAGAAGUACUGGCAGCUUAUCCUGGCCCAAGGCCUGUGUGUCGGCAUUGGCGCCGGAAUGACAUUUAUCCCCAGUGUUGCCAUCGUGGGCACAUAUUUCUCGACGCGGCGAUCCACUGCACUGGGUCUAGCCGCCACCGGCUCAAGCAUCGGAGGCAUCAUUUACCCUGUCGUGCUGAGACGUCUGAUCGUUCAGAUUGGACUACCCUGGGCGGUUCGAGUGAUGGCGUUCAUCAUGUUGGGAACGCUUCUCAUCUCGGUAGCUGUUAUGAGUCCUCGUCUUCCACCUCGCAAAUCAGGCCCGCUGAUUAACGUCGAGGCGCUCCGGGAUCCCGUCUUUGUCAUUUGGCUGUUCGCUGCAUUCUUCAUCUUCAUCGGUCUCUAUAUCCCAUUCUUCUACAUCGAGCAGUACGGUAUCAACCUCGGCAUAUCGCGGGAUCUGUCUUUCUAUAUGUUGAUCAUCAUGAAUGCGGGUUCGGUCCCCGGUCGUGUCAUGCCGUCUAUCAUCGCCGACAAGAUCGGUAACCUGUCGGUCAUGAUCCCAUCUGUCCUGCUCACGGGAAUAUUGAUGCUCGCGUGGAUCAGCGUGAAAUCUCAGUCGGGUCUGAUUGCCAUUGCGGUUUUUGUUGGCUUGACAAGUGGCUCUAUCCAGGCUGUGCUUCCCGCGACUGUCGCCUUCCUCUGUCCUGACUUGUCUAAGCUGGGCACCAACAUCGGGAUGACCCUCUUUGCAUCGGGUCUGGGAUUGUUGAUCGGUAGCCCUGUGGCGGGUGCCAUUCUAGAUCACCAGCGAACGUCCGCGGGAGAUGUAUUCUGGGGUACGUUGACCUUUUCUGGGAUCUUCAUCCUAGCAGGAGGUGUGUGCUUGAUCGUUGCUCGUGUGCUCAAGGUAGGAUUCGCUUUGAAAAAAGCUUGA